AGGUGCCUCGUCUGAGUUCAGAAGCAUCUGGUUAUCUCCAUUUGCAGCUGAGGUGGCCAAGAGAUAAGAGUUGCUUAAGGUCGGAGUUAGCAAACUACAAAACCAGUGUUUCCACACAGAUCUCGGUCUCGGAGCCGACCAUCCACUUCCUGCAAGAAAACUGUAUUCUCGGCAUUUUUGUUUCUCUGGUAACUUCAUAGACUGGGCAGGGCAGGUCUGGGCACCAGGAAGAGCUGGUGCCCCUGCCCUGUGCUCCAGAAGAAAAGAAGAGGGAAGAGAGAAGCAGAGCGAGAGAGAAACUGCUGCCUGGAUCACAAUGAAAUCCCUCCUUGUACUCCUGCUGGUGCUCCUGGACCUGGGACUGACCCAUGGAGCUAUGCACAGGGUGCCCCUCAGAAAGCAUCAGUCCGUCCGGAAGAAGCUGCGGGCCCAAGGCGUGCUCUCAGACUUCUGGAAGUCCCAGAACUUGGACAUGGUCCAGUUCAGCGAGUCCUGUAGAAUGGACCAGAGUACCAAUGAGCCCCUCAUCAACUACCUGGAUAUGGAAUACUUCGGCACUAUCUCCAUUGGCUCUCCGCCACAGAACUUCACCGUCUUCUUUGACACUGGCUCCUCCAACCUCUGGGUCCCUUCUGUUUACUGCACCAGCCCAGCAUGCAAGACGCACCCGGUCUUCCACCCGUCCCAGUCCAGCACAUACGAGGAGGUAGGGAAUCGUUUCUCCAUCCACUAUGGGACUGGGAGCCUGACAGGAAUCAUCGGAGCUGACCAAGUCUCUGUGGAAGGAUUGACUGUGGAGGGCCAACAGUUUGGAGAAAGUGUCACGGAACCUGGGCAGACCUUUGUGAAUGCCGAGUUUGAUGGGAUUCUGGGCCUUGGAUACCCGUCAUUGGCUGCUGGAGGGGUGACCCCAGUGUUUGACAACAUGAUGGCCCAGAACCUCGUGGAUCUGCCUAUAUUUUCUGUCUACUUGAGCAGUGACCCUCAAGGUGGCUCAGGCAGUGAGCUGACUUUCGGAGGCUAUGACCCCUCUCAUUUCUCUGGGAGCCUCAAUUGGAUUCCUGUCACCAAGCAAGGUUACUGGCAGAUUGCCCUGGAUGGAAUCCAGGUGGGAGACACAGUGAUGUUCUGCUCUGAGGGCUGCCAAGCCAUUGUGGACACAGGGACCUCCCUCGUCACUGGCCCCUCCGACAAGAUCAAAGAGCUUCAAGGGGCCAUUGGGGCCACACCCAUAGAUGGAGAAUACGCUGUGAAUUGUGCGACCCUCAACACGAUGCCAAAUGUUGCCUUCCUCAUCAAUGGGGUUUCAUAUGCCCUCAGCCCAAAUGCCUACAUCCUGCCGGACUUAGUGGAUGGAAUGCAGUACUGCGGCAGCGGCUUUCAAGGGCUUGACAUUCCGCCACCAGCUGGGCCCCUCUGGAUCCUGGGGGAUGUCUUCAUUCGACAGUUCUAUGCAGUCUUUGAUCGUGGAAAUAACCAAGUGGGGUUGGCCCCCACGGUCCCCUAAAUGGGGAUGUAUGUCUAUAUAUGGAUACCUGAUACCCCUUUAGUCUGUUAGAUCUCUUUAUACCUACACAAAAGUCAGUUCCCACAGGAUGCAGCCAUCCCACAGUAUUCAGACUAGAGAAAGCUCGAGAGCACACACACAGCCUCCCCCACACUGCACACACACACCACCUCCACCACCACCGUGAUGAAAAAAUGAAGCUCCGUCUGUAGUCUUCAUUGCUUCUUGUCGACUUUUUAUUAUGGAACUCUCCAAAGAUAUAUACAAGGAGAUAUGAUGGCAGAAUAAACCCUGUGCACUGCUACCCCACUUCACAGCCCAUCCAAAUGUGACCGGGCACCUCUAUCUUCUCUCCCUCUGGUUCCACACAUCUCAAUUUUAAGCACCAUAUCAUUUUAUCUAAUGUCUAAUAUCCUUAAAAGUUAAAAUUUAAAUGUCUCUCACUCACGCAUAAAUGUGUCCCUGUUUUUACAGUUGGUUUAUUUGUAUCAGGAUUCAAACCAGAUCCAUAACUGGGGGGAACAACAUAAAUUGCAUUCAUUUGAAA